UUUACCCUUACUUUCGUAUUCGAUUACAUUGUGUUUUUUCAAGGAAAGAAUAACCGGGUAUUCUGUAUGGGAAAUAUUUCGUUGUUGUUUUAAAAGAGAGUUUUUUUAUUAAUGCAUAGGCACUAUUAAUCGUAUCUUUCAAGUUAUGUAUGGAUAUGUUAGUGAUUCAGAUAGUGAUGAUAAUGACACGGAAAAUGGCUACACAGUGGUAACAAUAAACGGAAAGGCAGAAUAUAUCCCUGCGAGCAGCGGACGUACAGUGAUAGAUAUUCCGGGAAUGCGUAAUUUGCAGAUUGGAAGUGGACAAGUAAACGUCAUAAAUGGACGGACUAGGACUCGCCACAGAGAGCCAUCUCCUCGAGGCAAUAGUUCUACAAGUUCGCCACAAAAAAGUCAUACACCUCAUUCCGAAAAACUAACAGAUUCAAAAGAAAAACCAACUAGACAAGAUCUCAAUCACGUGUGUAACAACAUAGGCAGAAAUUGGAAGAAACUAGCAAGAACGUUUGGUCUUAGCAAAGGACAGAUUGAGGCCAUUGAAGUAGACUUUCAUAUUGAAGGAAACUAUGAAAUGGCAUAUCAAACGAUACUUAAAUGGAAAAGACAGAAUGGUGAUUUAGUGACAAUACAUGAUCUUGCGGUGGCCAUCGAUUCAAUCGGAUUAACUGAACUAGCUAGAGAUUUGCCAGUUAGGUAAAUGGGUGUCUUAUCCAAUGCAAGAAUAUAUCUAAUACCAAAACUUGCUGUCAAGCUGAAUGCAUUGACAGCGUAGAUGUGGCAUAUUCAGUUAUUGACUUUAUAUAUCAUUUAUUGAUUUAAUAAUAAGAAACAGGAAAUUAUAAUAACAUACACGUUUAUUCGAAAUAAAAGCAAUGAUAAUUAAAUCAACUAAAUACAACAUAAGAUGUAAAACCAAAGUACACAGUAAGUCCCUGAAUAAUAAAAAAUUCAACACACUUGAGGUAAGUAACAAAUAUACAAGAAGAUAUUGUUAUAAAAAAUAAGUAUUGUUAUGCCUAUGGGUAACAUACUAGUUAACAUAUAAACCAAUUCAAAACUCAUCCUAGCAGGGAAUAUGAACUUAAUCCGGUACCAAAUUCAAGCUCUACAGAAAAAAACAAUCCUUCAUUAUAUCAUAUCAACAAUAAUUUCAUGCUUGAUCAUCCUGCACUUUUGUAACGAGGCUUUUCAUUGGAUAAUCCUAAUUUUUAUAUAAUCAAUACACACAAUAGUGAACUUAUUAAGUUAUUUCCGUUUUUCCUCUAAUAAAAAAAAAUCUGCUAUUAUAUAAUCUUAUCAUAAAGAUGUCAGAUAUGUUGUAUAUCCAUGUAUAAUUUUAUUAUUUUAUUUACAACCAUUCCUAUAGUGCCAUAUAACCUGUCAAAAAUCUUUAUAACUUUAUAAAAUAAUGAGUUGACUAAAUUUUAUUAUACGGGAUUUAUUAUAAGGGAUAGAAUCUGCAUAUAUUACCAAUCAAAUCAAUCGAUAAAUAGUGGUAAUUAGUCAAUAUUUUCAAAAAUUUCAUGUGACUUUAUUAUUUCAUUAAUAAUAUAACUAUACAAGAUGAAAAAGUAAUACCUAACCUAGAAAAUACAGAACUUUCAGCAGCAGUUAAGAAAAACUUGGAGAGACCUAGGAAUUGAUUCUACAAAAGUAUUUGGGGAAAUAAAACGGUAAAAAAGUAGUUUUUUGUGCAAAAUUUGAACAGUUUAGUAUGUUGUGCAUAAUUUAAAGAUCAUUUUGAUGAUAAAUCAGUAAGAAGAAAAUUAAAAUAUCUAAAUAAAUAUACAUCAUUU